CGAAUGUAAAAAAGGCGAAGACGAUCCGAUAAUUUCUUUAAGAACACGAAAAGCCAGAGCAGAAGGAGAUUGGCGACUUGUAAGUGGUACAGCUGGCUAUACCACAAAAGGCUACAACGAGACUUAUGAUUUUGAUGGCACUAAUAAACAUAAAAUUGAUUACGUUAUAAGCAGCGGUCCACCGCACAGCAUGCAUCUUAUCGCUCUGGGAUUAAAAAAGAAAUUUCCACACGUUAAAUGGAUGGCGGACUUCAGAGAUCCAUGGACCAAUAUAGAUUUCUACGAGAAACUUAUGUUGAGUACCUGGGCCGAUAAGAAGCAUCAUAAACAGGAAUUGAGUAUUUUAAAAAAUGCCGAUUCCGUUGUAAGUAUUGGUCAGGCCAUGAGUGAUGAGUUUGAUGAGAUGUAUCGCAAAGCCAGUGGUUUACAGACGCAUAAAUUCAAAGUGAUAACGAAUGGUUAUGAUGAAGAUGAUGUAAGUGGUGCUGUGGAAACUAAGGAUUCUAAAUUCAGUAUUGCUCAUAUAGGCGCACCCAUCCUGGCUAUCGGGCCAACAGAUGGUGACCUGGCUAAAAUCAUUAACGAAACUAAAAGUGGUUUGAUCAGUGAUUUUGAAGAUGAGGAAAUAGCCAGACUCAUAAUUUGUUUUCUCAUCACUCCGGCAACACAGCCUUCCGAAAGUGGCGCUGUAUA